GUUUAGUCUCCCCGGUGAGUGUGACUAUCAAGCAAUUAGGAGCAGUGAGAGCGCGAGCAACGCCAGUAACUAUUCUCUGCUUACACUUGGACCAACUAGACAACGCGAUAGUGAAAAUGCCGGAAACAAACACCACCCUGGAGAUGCAAAAGUGCGUUUUCGCACUUAAAUUGCCCCGGAAACCCACGAUCGGUGACGAAAUAAUCGUCAAAGGUGUCCUAUGCGAUGACGCACAGAGAUUCUCCGUCAACUUUUGCUUUCCGGAUCCGGCCCAGAUCGUGUACCACUUUGGGAUGCACCUGGACGGUCGCGGGGUGGUUCAGUGCAGCCGGAACGACACCUGGGACGAGGAACACUGGAGCGAGUGGGAGUGGGAGCACUCGGGGGACACGCCGAACUUUACGCUAAUCUUUCGCUUUGGCUUCGACGAAAUUAAGGCGUUUUUGGACCACACGCAGCAGCAGCCCCAGUUUGAGCUCGAGCAUCGCUAUCCGAUCGAGCAGAUUCACUACGUCGAACUGUGGGACGAUAUAGCACGGGUCGAGGAGAUAACGCUGCGGUACGCCAAUCCGUCCGAUUGAUCAGAUUGAAGAAGCGUAUUCGUGUGUGUGUUUGUGCUUGUGUUUGUCUCUCCUCGAUCUAUUUUAGUCGCGAAGAAAGUGACGGGAUGAAUCACGCCUGCGCGCCAAGCAGUUCAAAGUCACGUUUUAGCGAAAUUUGUUUAGAGAGGUUUGUUGCCGUUUGAAAAACCCAGCUACAUGUAGAAAAGUCAAAAGCGAUUAUGACACUUCAGUCAGUGAUGCGCUUUCUAGUUAGAAUAGUUUAUUCAAUGUUAUUAAAGCAGAGCGCGUUAUUUAUGCAUAAUAAUUGUUACACCAAAUAUAAUAACUUGAAAUAAACUUUUUUUUGUCAGCAAAAA